UUUUCUUUGAGCCCCACCAAUCGGAGGCAGUAAAAAGCAAAAUAACAAAUAUUAGGAAACACCCAACACGAUUUUAACAUCGACAUUUGUUCCAAUAAAGAGCAUAAAAUGGGAGACUACUCUCUACAUUCCGUUUACGAUUGGAAAAACUAUUUUUAUCACAGUCAAGAGGCAAAGGUUACCAGAUCAGAGGUCAGCCAAUGGAAAUGCAGCAAAUAACUAUUUAGGUUAUCUAGAAACCUCCACAGUGUUGUACAGGCUUCGAGAAAUCUCUACACAUUCUACACCAUGUAGUAUAUAAGAGCGAGGUUUCCAUCGUUUGGAUUAGAUACAGUUGAGCUGUAACAAGAAAGCAAGACAACAAAGUCUUCAAGCGACAACAAUCUAAGCAUUUUUUCCUACACUGAUAUCACAAGUGAUUUGCUUAAACUAAUUUAAAUAAGUUACAUCUAUUAUUCUGAAUUUGAAGUAACUUAACUUUAACGUAUUAUAAAGACAUCUAGAUUCUAGAAUCUAGAUCUAUAGACUAUACAGAUUUAAAUUAUAAUAGACCCAGUUAGUCCCAGUAUAAGAUCUAGUCGGAGCUUCAUAAAGCCUAGAAGAUGCCUGGAAGAAAUAAAGCUCCAGCUAUUGGUAUUGACCUCGGGACAACCUAUUCUUGCGUGGGUGUGUUUCAACAUGGCAAAGUGGAGAUCAUUGCCAACGACCAAGGGAACAGAACAACGCCAAGCUAUGUAGCCUUCACUGACACUGAACGUCUAGUGGGUGAUGCAGCCAAAAACCAGGCAGCCAUGAAUCCCAGCAACACCAUCUUUGAUGCCAAGAGACUGAUUGGUAGAAAGUUUAAUGACAAAACAGUUCAGGGUGACAUGAAGCAUUGGCCUUUCAAGGUUGUGGAAGUUGAUGGGAAGCCCAAAAUCAAAGCAGAGUACAGAGGAGAGCAGAAACUGUUUGCCCCAGAAGAGAUCAGUUCAAUGGUUCUCACCAAGAUGAAAGAGACAGCUGAAGCUUAUCUGGGUCAAAAAGUCACAGAUGCGGUGAUCACAGUACCAGCUUAUUUCAAUGACUCUCAAAGACAAGCAACAAAAGAUGCUGGUGCCAUUGCUGGAAUUAAUGUGCUUAGAAUCAUCAAUGAGCCUACAGCAGCUGCAUUGGCAUAUGGACUGGAUAAAGGUCAGAAAGGAGAAAAGAAUGUUCUGAUAUUUGACCUGGGUGGAGGUACUUUUGACGUCAGCAUCUUAACUAUUGAUGAAGGCUCAAUGUUUGAAGUGAAAGCCACCGCUGGCGACACACACCUGGGUGGUGAGGACUUUGACAACAGAAUGGUUUCUCACUUUGUGCAGGAGUUCAAACGCAAACACAACAAAGACAUGAGCAACAACCCAAGGGCCAUCAGACGCCUUCGUACUGCAUGCGAACGAGCCAAGAGAACCCUCUCCAGCAGCUCUGAAGCCUCCAUUGAAAUAGACUCUCUCUAUGAAGGUAUUGACUUUUACACCAAGAUCACUAGAGCCAGAUUUGAAGAACUUUGUGGUGACCUCUUCAGGUCAACAUUACAGCCUGUUGAGACAGCACUGAGGGAUGCCAAACUAGACAAGGGCAAAAUAGAUGAAGUUGUGCUGGUUGGUGGAUCAACUCGUAUUCCAAAGGUCCAGAAGCUGUUGAGUGACUUUUUCAAUGGCAAAGAGCUGAACAAAUCCAUCAACCCAGAUGAAGCUGUAGCUUAUGGUGCUGCUGUACAAGCAGCUGUACUGACAGGGGACACCAGUGAGACCAUUAAAGAUGUGCUGCUAGUGGAUGUUGCUCCUCUCUCACUGGGUAUUGAGACAGCUGGGGGUGUCAUGACACCUCUGGUCAAGAGAGGCACAACCAUUCCAACCAAGGCCUCUCAGAUAUUUACCACUUACUCAGACAAUCAGCCCGGUGUCGACAUCCAGGUCUACGAGGGUGAACGUGCCAUGACCAAAGACAACAACCUGUUGGGCCAGUUUCACCUAACGGGCAUUCCCCCUGCACCAAGAGGUGUACCCCAGAUAGAAGUUACAUUUGACAUUGAUGCUAAUGGCAUACUAAAUGUCAGUGCUCAGGAUAAAAGCACGGGCAAGUCCAACAAUAUCACCAUAAAAAAUGACAAAGGUCGACUGAGUCAAGCAGAGAUAGACAGAAUGUUGUCAGAAGCUGAGAAAUACAAAGAUGAAGAUAAAAGACAACAGGAGAGGGUAUCAGCCAGAAAUCAGCUUGAGAACUAUGUCUUCAGUGUUAAACAGGCCGUAGACGCUGCUGGAGAGAAAUUGUCCUCAAAGGACAAAGACACUGUACUGAAUGUUUGUAACAGUACCUUGAAGUGGAUAGAUAACAACUCACUAGCCGACAAAGAAGAAUUUGAAGACAAGUUGAAGGAGAUACAAAAGGUCAGCUCAUCAGUUAUGGCUAAACUCCAUUCCCAAGGUGGACCUACAUCUUCAAAUGGUCAUCAAGGUGGACCAACAGUAGAAGAAGUAGACUAAAAUGGCAUUUUAUUUAUUAGACAUUCUAUUAACAUUUUUUUCUGUAACACCUAAUUUGCACGAGUGUUUCAAUGUCUUUCAAUGGGUGGUGUACAUGAAGUACCUGAUAUUUAUUUAAAUGAUGUGCAAUCUGUAUGCAGAAAAUGUCAAUGAAAUCUCAUUUUUUGUUGUUGUAAAUUAGUCUAUGCUGAUCAAUAUAAUAUGUGUAUAAAGGAAAAUGAAUUAAUUUAAUGUUUGCUAGAUAAUGAAUUGACAUAUAUAUUUAUGUGCGGGAAAGUGUGAAUAGUUGACCUUUAUUAGGGUUUAUUUGUAAAAAGAAAUGUGUU